AAAACCAAUGAGUUUUUGCGAGUUUUUAUUUGAAAAUUUACAUUCAUUCGAUUCGAAACGAAAAAAAACAACGUUGUUUCAUAAUUAUGUUUGCCCUGAUUUCAUUAUUGACAAUCACCAUUAUCAUCAUCAUAUUCUAUGUGAUACAAAAACGGCGAAUGACUAUUCUGAAACGAAAUGGUAUUAAUGGUCCUGAACCCCAUUGGAUAACUGGAAAUAUAUUUCAUUUUUUCAGUUCGGAUAAUGUUACAAGAUCGCGAGAAUAUAUAAAAAAAUAUGGUAAAACAUGUGGUUAUUAUGUUGGUCAUAAACCGAAUGUAUUGACAAUUGACGUCGAACUAAUAAAACGUUUUCAGAUAAAAGAUUUUGAAAAAUUUUCUGAUAGACAAAAUUUCGGUAUCAAAUAUGGCAUUCACCCUAAUCCUCGUUUCGCAAAAGAUCUAGUUGAUUCGAAGGGAUAUCGAUGGAAAGAAACGCGCACAAUUCUUACUCCAACAUUCAGUGCAAUGAAAUUGAAAAUGAUCACACCGAUCAUGGAAUCGGCAAUUGAUAUUUUUAUCGACAAAAUUGAUAAACAAGCGCAAAAAGGUACUGAAUUUAACAUUUAUGAAUAUUUUCAACUACUCACAGCUGAUGUCAUCUCUAAAACUGCACUUGGUAUUGAUACUAAUGUUCAAUAUAAUCCGAAAAAUGAAUUUUUUCUUGCAGCCAAAUUAUUAUUUGACAGAAAGCCUAACAAAUUUCUCAUGUUGUUUAUGUGUUUACCGGAAUUAGAUCGAAUUCUUUAUCCGGUUCGUCGAUUAUUGGAAGUGUUAAAUGAACGUUUUGGCUGGUCACCACAAUUCACCAUUGCCAAAUUAGUUGAAGCAGCUAUUCAAUUGCGAAAAAUUCGUCCAAUAAAAAUCAUUGAUUUGUUGCAAUUAAUGUUAGAUGCAAAAGCUAGUGAAGAUGAAAUCAAGAAUGAAAACUCUUCCAAAUUAUCCAUUGAAAUAUCAAACGAUGAUAAAAUUUUGACAAAUGAUAAAGAAUCUACUGGUGUUGAGAAUAAUAGAAUGAAUGAAAAAAGAUUUCGAAAUUCAAAAUCAUUGACCAAAGAUGAAGUAAUUUCCAACGCUGUACUGUUCUAUGAAGCUGGCUAUGAAACAACAAGUACGGCUUUAGGAUUCAUAUCACAUUUUCUGGUUACACGUCAAGAUAUACAGGAUAAAGUUCGAGAUGAAGUUAAUGAACUUUACGCAAAUGAAAAAAAAUUUGAUUAUAAUACGGUGAAUAAAUUGACAUAUAUGCAAUGCGUCAUCAAUGAAUCGAUGCGAUUCUAUCCUCCAGUCACAGCUUUCAUCACUCGAAAUACUAAAGGAGAUUAUCAUUAUAAGGAUAUAAUUAUCCCGAAAGAUUCGACCAUUCGAAUACCGACAUACCAAUUACAUCAUUGCGAAGAGUAUUGGCCUAAUCCAGAAGUGUUUGAUCCGGAAAGAUUUCGUGAUAAAAAGAAUUAUGAUCCAAGUGCAUUUCAAGCAUUCGGAAAUGGACCCCGUAAUUGUAUUGGAAUGCGUUUUGCAUUAUAUGAAAUCAAAUUGGCAUUAGCAAAACUAUUGUUUCGAUACAGACUGGUACCGGGACCGAGUACUGAAAAUGAAUUGACAAUUGAGCAAAAAAUAAUAACUGAAACGCCAAAAUAUGGUGUGUUUGUUAGAGCAUUACCUAUUUUGUAAAAAAAUAUACAUCGUUGUUUCAAUACAAAAAUUUGUCCUAAUAAAGUGCAUGUAAUAAAUAUUAAUACUUUUGCUCAUCAAAA